AUGAAGCGAUCCUACACCAUAAUCUUGAUGGCCUCGCUGUCCUUAAUAACAACCGAAGCAGCUCACAUGUUAUACGCUCAAAACUGUGGUAAAGAAGAGUACAACCGAUGUAUCGCUCUGGCCGACCCGCUGGUGAAAGAUCCUCAUUUCAUCUACCCGGGAAAUCUUAAGGAUAUCGACAACAUAUGCCGCACUUGGACGCUGUUCGUCGAUUGCACAAAGCGAUACACCGAACACUGUUUCGAGGAGAGCAAACGGAAAGUGUUUAACAAAGCCGUUGAAAACUCUAUCGAACUGGUCCAUCAAAUGUGCACGUCGCCUCAAUACCAGACAGAAUAUUUGAAACACGCGUCGUGUUUACGAACCACACUGUUUGACGAUUCGCGUUGUGGGAAACACUAUCGAUCUUUGGCCGGAUUCAUUUCGAACGAGACCAGUGGACCCAGUAUUUGUUGCACUCACCACAGAUUCCGAGAGUGCGUGCUUGACCAAACGCGGAGGACAUGCAACCAAGACGAUGAUACAUUUACACAACAAUUGUUGGACAAAGCUUUUGGAUUUUUCCGCAACCAGUGUAUAGACUACAUACCCAAUCAAGACGAAUGUCCUGGAUAUGAAUAUUAUAACGCGAUGACCACUAACCGAUGGCAAGACGAUAAGGGUAAAGGAUCGCCGAGUCCCAACCAGUGGCCGUCGACGAAACGACAGGACGAUUGGAGACCGGAGCAGAACACCGGAGGCUGGUCCGGCGGACCAUCGACGGCGGCCGCGGGCAGCGAGAGAACCAGCCGUGGCCAUACCGUUCAAGCCGCGUCGUUCAGCACGCCGACGUGGCAGGUGUCGGCCGCGAGUGUCGGAGGCAUUGGCGGAGGCGGUGGCGGAGGCGUCUCUCCGUCUGCUCAGCCACCGACCAAGAAACCGGACACCACCAGUUACAUGAGCAACGUGAUCGACGAGCCCAACCAACAGGGCCUGGCCCAGACCGGCGCCGGGCCGGCGCCAAACGCACCCAGCGCCGCGACCGUUGCCGCGGCCCUGUCGCUAUUGGCGCUCACGAAAAUCGCCACAUAA